AUGACCCAGACUAGAGAAGAAAUUUAUUCCCGAGCAGACCACCCUCCCAACUCACCUCGACAAGAGAUCAUCUCCAGCUCAGAUUCUCCAGCCGAAGCAGAGAACGACAAGCAACUCCAAGAACGUAGACCCACAGAUCAUGCAGGUCACCUUGGUACGACCUCAGACGCAGACUCACACUCAAUAUGGGCCUCGACCUUGCCCUCGAAUUCAGCACCCGUCCAAACUCCUCGCACCACGCAACCGCAAACCCCAAAACAAACUAAACUGCAAGCCAAGAUCUCGACCCUUCAAUCCAACAUCACAGCCACAGAGGCACAACUUGCGCUCAAACUCCAAAAGAUCACUGAAUUGGAAUCGUCUCCGCAACAGGAACGAGACGCAGAACAGCAACGGGAACGAGACGCAGAACAGCAACAAACGUCACCUUCACCCUUAGCGUCAGCGUCAGUGUCAGACACGAACCCGGCCACCCACCACGAUCAUGAUCCCGCCAGAGCAAGAGCAGCGCAAGACCACGCCCAACGUCUCAUAACAACACACAUCACCCUCCUAAAAGGGUACAACGAGAUCAAAGACAUCGCGUGCGGCAUGUUGAGUCUGAUUGCCGAGAAACAAGGCAGGACGUUAAGUGAAGUCAUGGCCGAGAGGGGGCUAAGUGAGCGGGAUUGA